AUUUCCCUCCCCACUUCUCUCUCUCACCUGUAGUAAUCUUCUUCAACACCAUCAAAUCCCACCAUUUAAACCAAAAACCAACAUCUUCAUUUUCUUUCUACAUUUUCUCUUGUUUUUUAUCCCUGUUUUCAAGUUCCUGUCUCUGGUUUUUUGUUGUUGUUUGGCAAUGGCGGUUUCAGGGUUUGAAGGUUUUGAGAAGCGGUUGGAACUUCAUUUCUUCGGUGAUGAUCCAUUGAGUAAAAUAAACAACAAUAUGGGUCUUCGCUUACUUGAUUUCGAAUCAAUCGAACAAGUCCUUCGUGCCGUCCAAUGCACCGUCGUUUCUGCCGUCGGUAACCAUUUUUUUGAUGCUUACGUCUUGUCGGAAUCGAGUAUGUUCGUAUAUCCGACUAAGAUUAUAAUCAAAACCUGUGGGACGACUCAGUUACUCAAAUCGAUUCGUCCAUUGACUCACUUUGCCAACAAGCUUAAUCUUAAAUUAUGUGGGUGUCGAUACACUAGGGGAAGUUUCAUUUUCCCCAAAUCUCAGCCUUUCCCUCAUACGAAUUUCAAAGAAGAAGUGAUUUACAUCGAAGAAAAUCUCCCGAAAAAUCUUGUUUAUAGAAAAGCCGCCGUCAUGCCGUCGAAAAAUCCCUGUUAUUCGUGGCAUGUUUUCGCCGCCGGUGAUCAAAACCACCGUAAGAAAUCGAAUUCCGAUGUUACGUUUGAAAUUUGUAUGACGGAGCUUGACCGUCAUCUGGCGCGUAAGUUUUACAAAAAAGCCGGGGAUUGCAAAACAGGGGAUUCGGCCGGGAAAGAUAUGACGGUGUUGACGGGGAUUGAUGAUAUAAACCCUAGAGCUUUCAUUUGUGAUUUUGCGUUUGAUCCUUGUGGGUAUUCCAUGAAUGGCAUCGACGGUGAUCGUUACUCGACGAUCCACGUCACUCCUGAAGACGGGUAUAGCUACGCGAGCUUCGAGUGCGUUGGCUCCGUUUACGAUGACGAUGUCGACAUUGUUGAGACCUUGAAGAAAGCCGUUCAGGUUUUCAAGCCGGCGACGGUUUCCAUUUCAACGACGAGUAAUAGCCGUGAAGUUUGGACGACGGUGGCGCGUGCUAUGGAACCGUUGGGACUCAAAUGUCGGACUUUUGCCAUGGAUGAGUUCCCCGCCGCCGGUACGGUUGUUUUCCAAACAUUCACGGCGGCUCGCCGGAAAUAACAUCGGGAAAAGAAACAACGACAAAAAAAGGUAGAUAAAAAAGAAAAAUGUGGGAAAGGGGUUUUAGUUUAGAGAGGGUUUUAGUCGUGGGGAAAAAAAUUUAAAUUGGGGGGUAUUUUAUAUGAUGACGUGGAAGGACUUCAUUGGUUGAAAAUGAAUGUGGGUUGACUUAAGUAGAAAGAAGAUAAAGAAAAGGGUUUAAUUUUGCCCCGGCCCUGUACUCUUUGGGCUUUUGAAAUUUAGUCCUUUUUUUAAUUCCACGAAUUUAGUUCUUCUACUUAUGUGAUUCAAAAAUUAAAGUCCAAAAAUAUAUUUGUUAAAUUUGAAUAUAUAACAUUUUAAUAUUUUAAUAUUUGAUUUAAAAUUAAAACCCAACCGAUAGCACAUAUUUAAAUUUAACGAAAAUCAAUUAGUAAUAAUAUUAAUUGGAUUUUAUUUUUAAAUCAUACUAUAAAAUUUAGAAAUUAAAAGAAGAGUAACUUAAAUUUCAAAAGUCCCAAGAGUGUAGGGAGUGAGGGCAGAACUAGACCUAAAGAAAUGAAUGGUGGGGAUUUUAGGAAGAUGAGGUGGCAUCAUCGGAAUGGUUGGGUGUAGAAGAUGCGGGGAAUUGGAAUCACCAUUAUAAUGCACCCCACUUAGGAUUGUCACGCCUAAGAUUUUUGGGGUUUACAUGUACUGGGAAGAUAUGGAAAAAAAUAAAGGUUUAUAUGAAAUUUGCACUUUUUUUCUAA